AUGUCCGGUUUCAACGAGACCUCGCCAUCGGAUUGGAAAUAUGUCUCAGAGGGCGGAGCCACCAUCGUCUUCUCAUACCGCGGACCAACCCACCCUGGUUUCGGAUUCGAUAACACCGUGCUGAGGCUACGGAAGCAGAGGCUACACAAACUCGCUGCCAAACGGGGGAAGUCUUCUGAUGACAUCGAUGAUGCAGACCUGGACGACCCCAUGAUCGAGUUCCAGCAAAAGAUCGUCGGCAGACUAAUCUCAUCAGAGUUCCUCGUGCGACUGCGAGUCGCGCAUCUUGAAAGCCCAUGGCUGGAGCAGUUCGCCUCAUAUCAUGAGCCCUCGCGCCCUGCUGAACGGAAACAGGUCGACACCAUCGAUCUGUCGAAACGCAAAGCGGUGCUCGCUACGGAUCUUGUGGGCGGAGAGGCAUGCGUGGUUGAAAUCAAGCCAAAGUGGGGCUUCCUUCCGUUCCCCGCUCAUCUGUCGCCCCAAAGUGCACUCAUCAAGACGCGCACAUGCCGCACCUGCAUGCACAAUCACCUUCGGCACAUCAAGGGCGAGCCCGCAGCGCUUUCAUACUGUCCGUUAGACUUGUUUUCAGGAACCGAGGCGCGCACGGCGCGGGCCAUACAUGGCCUGUGGGAUGCAUGGAAGGACAGUAGAGGGAGUGUCAACAACCUGAGAAUCUUCUCACAGGGCCAGUUGCUCAAGCCCGACGAUGAAGAGGGUGUCGCAGAGUGGGCGCAAACGGUGUUCGGCUCAAGUGACCUAGCAGACGACGACCUCCGAGCAAAGUUUACGGCCGCACUUCUUUCCAUCGUUCUCGAGACACCACUUCUCCGACACCUGUCAAAGAUACAGCGUACCUUGGAUGCGCUUGACAGCGAAGGGCUCUCUAAGCUUCGCGCACAGGCCGCAGCUUCGUCAUUUUCCUCGAAUCAUGAUGUGGAUUCCCCGAUCUCAGGCCGCGGAACAGACCUCUCCGAGCCAUCCAUAGGAGACUGGACUGCCUUCGUAGACGCCUAUCUCGCCUCCCACGAUGCGCGUGACCAUAGCAAACCUCUGCCGUCCGAGCUGCGAUACUACACGCUCGCAUACCUGCUCUCGGCCACAUUCAAGGACUGCUCCGUGCUCGUCAAGUUGCCCCCGACGCGGGAUGCGCACCCCGCCGCGCAGGGACUAGUGAAAGUCAUCGAUCUGGAUCCGAAGAGUGUGAAGAAGAUGCCAGGCUGGGAGGAGCUGGACCAGCAGAUCAUGGGAUCGUACGCAGCGGUCAUCGAGGAUCUGAGACGAACGUGUCAGGACGGAUAGUCUAGAGAGCUUCGCAGCAGAAAUCUAAGUUUUGUCUCAGUGGGAGGAUGGUUGUGUCUCGGAUAUCCGUUCGCUGUGGGAUUAUACUAGUUCCUUGCGUGCUUC